UACAGAUCCAUAUCCAACGUGAUACUGCAUUUACUGCCAGCAGUCCAUCUGUGGCAAAUAAAUUCAUUCUCCUUUAUCUCCCCCGUUUUGGAAUGGGCUGUUAAACGCUAGUGCGCACUCCCAGGAUGACCUCGCGUCUCGUCCUGGUCACUGGUGACCUGUUCAUCCCGGACAGAGCUCCGGACCUUCCAGCAAAGUUCCGGAAGCUCUUGACCCCAGGAAAGAUCGGUCAGAUACUAUGUCUAGGCAAUCUCACAGACCGGGAAACCUAUGAAUUCUUUCGCCAGAUUGCCCCCGACUUGCAGAUGGUCAAGGGCGACUUCGAUGUCGAUUCUCCUACCUUACCGCUCUCCAAAGUCGUCGUCCACGGUAGCCUCCGUAUCGGCUUCACUCAUGGUCACACUAUUAUUCCUCCAGGGGAUGCUGAUGCACUACUCAUCGCGGCCCGUCAGAUGGAUGUAGAUAUUCUGUUGUGGGGAGGCACACAUCGCUUCGAGGCCUUUGAGUUGGAAGGGAGAUUCUUCGUGAAUCCCGGCAGUGCAACUGGUGCAAUGAGCACUGGCUAUUGGCCCGAAGGAGAAGAGCCAAUACCAAGCUUUUGUUUGAUGGAUAUUCAAGGUGACGUCUUAGUUCUUUACGUCUACCAACUCAAGAAGGACACCAAAGGGGUCGAAACUGUUACUGUGGAAAAGGUUUCUUUCCGGAAGAACGGUGUGCCAUCAUAAUGCCUUCUCUUUUCCCCUCCAAUCCGCUUGUAUAUGUCUCCAGCCUUUCCAGAUCAUGACUCCCCGUUUCGCCUUUGCUUUAGUAUCUGGUUUCUGUCUAGCCUAGUUUUCUCCGCAUUUAUAUUUUUAUUUUCACCGUGUCGGUUCAAUACCUUAAGUCUUGUCAUGUCUUUUCAGGCUUGUCUGCUUCAUCAUGUAAUAUGAACUCUUCUGUUGCAGCCAUAACCGAUAACCCUAACUCUCACGAGUCCCUGUAUGCCAUUGAAUCUUUAGUUUGAUUUAUGUAAUAAAUAGCACAGAGCUGUACAAUUCUCGAAAAUAUCAGAUUAUCCCUAC